CUGUGCAGUCCUUGCUCGGGUGUUGGGCAAUGAAUGGCAACGAUAGGUGCGCGUGCAAGAGUUAGCGAGUGCUUGGUAUUCGUGCGUGAACCUUUCGGGAAGCAGCCUGAAAGCUCCACUACAAUAUCCCGGCAAUGGCAGGAGAGCCAAUGAAAGUGCCACCCCCUGGCUAUGCUGAGCCGCCACCAUCUUACCAGGCCUCCAUGCAAGGCUUCCAACCCACCCCCGGCUUUCCUCCACCGGGCACGCAGCCCCCGCCGCCGCCAGGAUUCGCAGCGUCAGCUCCUCCCCCGGGCGGUGCUCCUCCUGGCGGCCCAGCGCCCUAUGCAGCGUGGCUCCCACAGGGCACGGCUGUGCCCACCGUGGUGGUCAACGUGGCCGAAUGGGGGCCUUACCCAGUGCAGCUGACGUGCCCCAACUGCGGCGCACAGGUGCUGACAGCCACAUCGACGCGUCCAGGCCUUCUCACCUGGCUGCUGUCAGGCGCAUGUGUCCUUUUUGGCUGUUGGCUGGGUUGCUGCCUGAUUCCCUGCUGCAUUCCCGAGUGCCAGGAUGUGGAUCACCACUGUCCGAGUUGCAAGCGGCACCUGUGCACCUACCGCAGGCUCUGAGACAGGCCCUGAUGGGACGCUCUACAGCAGUCUGGAAACCAUGGGGACCACCAAUAAGCCCGGCAGCUUCCCUCGGGCAUUUGCGCACGCCAAACGUGUCGCUGCUGCCUUGGGAGCCUUCCGUACGAACCCGUGCUCACCCCUCUGCCCGUGACAGCACCAAACAGUAGCCGCUAGAACCUUGCGCCUGAGAGCGACAUUUUUCAUCAAUUUCCGUUUCAAUGGAACUUCCCCUCUCGACUGUGCACGUGGCAAGAUGCCUUCCCUUUGGCAAUAUUUGUGGUGCAAUAUGAGCCUUUAUUUUUUUCACGUACUGGACAAGUGAAUAAAUAAGAAACUGAAGUAUUGAUUUUUGAAAAUAUAUAGAGUCUGUAGAUGUGUAAAUAGACGUUCCUUCCAGCUGCUCAUGUGAUGCGCAGUGUAGUUGAAAUGUGGGAUUGUGAACAGCUGCAGGAAUGUUCUUGGCAUGGAUUUUUUGCUGCCAUGGGAUGUGUGGACUCGUAGCCUACAAUCUACGUUCCUCAAAGAAGGGAGGAGGGUGAGGGAGUGGCACCUAUGAAUGCAGAAUGCCUGCUUGAAGAAUAAGACCUGGAGCCAUGUCUGUAGGUUCUAGUAGAACUCGUUGUUGGGCUAGUUGGUGCGUUGCAUCAAGGAAUUAUACCAGCCGAAAACAGACGAACACAGGAAAGGGUGAAGGAUACAGGAAGGUAGUCUAGCCGCUUUCCCGUCUCCUUCACCCUUUCCUGUGUUCGUCUGUUUUCGGCCGGUAUAAUUCCUUGAUCCAUGUCUGUAGGACUCAGUCCGUUUUCAAGGAGAUGUUUUUCUCUUCGCGCGGCUCGAACUUCUCACUGCAACGACCUGCUUCAUUGUGAUGCAGAAUGAACAUGACUCAGUUCCAGCAGGAAGUUCAUGUUGCUUCCAACCUGCUGUAUUCGAGUUGCUCAGCGCAGAUAGCACCGACUCGUGCCGGCAUCAAAUUUUAUUCUCUUUGCAUGAUGUAUGGCACGUCAGCAUUCGCCGAGCAGAAAGCUCCAUUGCCCGUCAAUUGACAGUUUGUAAGUAUUGGCUCCUGCAAAACAGUGAAGAACGACAUGGCUGACUAGCAGCUAUGACAGAAGUGCAAAAGGAAUGGUUCACAUUGUCAGGUUCAUAGCGAGGAAUCUUGUUUUACAAUGCAACUACUAAUUUUGUGACACCCAAAGUAAUCAACCUCGCAGAACUUCGUUGGUGGCACGCUCGCAAUGUGGAAUGUGUAUUGCAAUGAUGUGGCUACGCCUUAAAUUUGUUGCACACAAUCUAUCCUACCAUCUUUUUUUCUUUUUCUCGUUUUUACAGUAUUGUGUAAUCACACAAUUCUCAACUUUCCUGAAUUGCUACUGCACUUGUAUGUAUGUUUUAGGCAGAGACAGUGAUUUCGGUACUGUAUGUUUCAAUAAAGCAAAAUUAUUCUCGAUUCA